GAUAAAAACAAGAAAAAUAUGGAAUAUCACCACACAUUAAAACACUCUAAAGCCAAACCCCAAAACACUCAGAAAUUACGAAUGGAACCGUUUCACUCUCAAGAAGAUGAUGGAAAAAGGCAUAAAUAUUCACAGGCUUCUCUGUUUUUCUUCACUCUGCCAUCGGAGAAAGGCAGAGGAACGCAGCUCCUCAUGCUGCUCGCCACUAGAUGUGAAUGAAGAUAUUCACAUGCCAGUUCGAUAUCAUCACAACCCUUGUGUUAGCGUAAGAACGUGUUCUGCUCACUGGGUCGAGUGCUAAUCACAUCAGCAGUGGUCAGGAAAACCUGCAAACGCCUGAGUGCACCAGACAACUCCGCCGACUUUACCUCUGAUGUGCGGAUGACUGCUGCAUGGUUGUGCUUCCCCUUAUCAGUACACCUGGUAUGGGUGCAUGAACGGCAUUAAAAAUCAGUUAUAAUUUACCUUUAGUAGUACAAAUGUAAUCAAACCAACAGAGCUCUGUCAGCGAAGAAAAGAUUCUACACCAUCGCAUGAUUUUUAAAUGGUUUGUAUUUACUGUAAUUAAUGAAUAAAUAAAAAAAUAUUACUAUUUCUGUUACCAUGCAACUGCAUAACAUUGUAUGUUUUUUUUACCUUUGAGGUCACUUAUAAGAUUGCCAUCAGUUGGUGAGUUUUUUUAUUAUCUUUCUUUCCUAAACAGAUUCUCUGACAUUGAGUCAUCCCUUUCUGGAGUAAAAAAAUGUCAAUGUGAUUUUUAAACACCCACAACAUUGUGGUGAGACUCCUGAGGACUCGCACAUGUGGCCACCAGAUCUGACAAGAUAAAGGAACGAACACCAGCGACAGUGACUCAAACUGUAUCAACAGAAAUCCCACAGGAAAGAACAUCAGUCCCGCCCACGCUGUGUGAUUGACAGGCAGUCUCUGGGAAGUGCAGUAGAGCAAAGAUGGGAACAAUAAAAAAAAGAUAUUUAGCAGAAUUUCAGUGAAACCUUCAUUUUAUCACAUUUAAAUAUCUGUUUGACAGUCUGCAGAUUUUAUCCAUGUAUAGACACUUUAACUUCAACUAAAAAUGUCUUAUUUUUUCUCCAUCUUUUUCCUACUCUUUUCCUCAUUACAUAGCAGAUGGGAAGAGCGAACAAAUGUGAUUUGCUCCCUUAGAGCCACAGAAUGUUCCAGUGACUCAUGCUAUGAUAAUAUAGUUCAAUGCUCUGCACCAACUGUCUGCAGGGGGACAGAGGGGAGCCCCACUACACUUACACCCAUGAAUGCACAAACAUGGGCACAUUAGAACACAAUAGACACACACACACACACGUGUGUGUAUGAUGCUCUAUAUAUAUAUAUACAUAUUGCAUGCAUUAUACAACUCUACAUUUCUACAAUGUCAUCUAGCAGACACUUGUAUCCACAACGUACAAAUGAGUAUACAGUAUUAUUAUAUUUUCCUUCCUAAUGGACUGCUUUCCCUGCAGGCUCAGCUGAACCACAGGAAGGUUCAAAUGAUGGACCAACAAGUUUUCCAACCUACACAACAAAAGAGCUCCUCUGGAGAGGGUAUCCCACAGGUUGCUGCACUUACCGCCUGUCGUGUUGAAUGCUAAUGUGGCCGGCUGAUGCGUGCCUCAGUGACCGAAGCAGAGAUGGCUUGAAAGGAGACCCUGCCAGAGAAAAACAAACACAUACUCAUACACUAUCAUGCAGCGGAGAGGGCUGCUGCUGCUCCUUCCUCUCCUCUCUUUCAUACACAGACACUCCAUCUAAUUACAAACACCCGCUCCUGCCUUGACAGAAGACCUAGAGGAGGAUACGGCAGGAAUGUGCCUGAGGAGCUUCAUCUGAAAACAUCUGCCCGGAGGACUCCUCCCCAUCUCACCCAUCUCCUGGUGAUUAACUCCAGCUCUGCAGCAGCGUGUGACGUCCCGCUGUGUGUUGCUGCCCGGGGAAUGCUCGGCGGACGGAGAGAAGAGGUCUGAAACACAAUGAGCAUCCAGGACAAAUGGGUCACACUGACCCCAGCUGAAUUCGCCCUGCUCCAAGAAUACACCCAGUACUCAACCAAGAAGCUGAAGGAUGUGCUGCAGGAGUUCCAUGGAGAUGGUGUGUUGGCUAAAUACAAUCCAGAGGAGAAGCAGGACAUCCUCAGCCAGGAGAUUGACUUUGAGGGCUUCAAGGUCUUCAUGCAGACGUUCCUGGAGAGCGAACUCCCCGAAGAGUUCUGUCAACACCUCUUCAUGACGUUCAGCAACAAGGGACCCAAGCCCAGUCCCUCAUCUUCUGACAAGCCCCGAGUCUCUGGGCUGAAGCUGAUCAAAGGCAACUCGACCCCUCUGAAGACUGCCGCGCUGCCCCAGCCUCUGGACACGGUGCAGCUGAAGGACAUCGUGUGUUACCUCUCGCUGCUGGAAGGCGGGCGUCCUGAGGACAAGCUGGAGUUUAUGUUUCGCCUGUAUGACACUGAUGGAAACGGGUCUUUGGACAGCUCGGAGCUGGAGCACAUUAUCUCCCAGAUGAUGCACGUAGCGGAGUACCUGGAAUGGGACGUGACCGAGCUGAAACCAAUCCUCCAGGACAUGAUGCGGGAGAUCGACUACGACCACGAUGGCACCGUGUCCCUGGAGGAGUGGAUCCAGGGAGGCAUGACCACCAUCCCGCUGCUGGUCCUGCUGGGCCUGGAGACAAAUGUUAAAGAUGACGGGCAACACGUGUGGAGGCUGAAGCACUUCAACAAGCCGGCCUACUGUAACCUGUGUCUCAACAUGCUAAUUGGACUGGGGAAGCAGGGACUCUGCUGCUCGUUCUGCAAGUACACAGUCCACGAGCGAUGCGUGGCUCGCGCUCCGCCGUCUUGCAUCAAAACCUAUGUCAAGUCCAAGAAAAACACAGAGGUAAUGCAUCAUUUCUGGGUGGAAGGGAACUGCCCCACCAAGUGUGACAAGUGUCACAAAACCGUUAAGUGUUACCAGGGCCUGACUGGGCUCCACUGUGUGUGGUGUCAAAUCACGCUCCAUAACAAGUGUGCCUCCCACGUGAAGCCUGAGUGUGACUGCGGACCCCUGAAGGAUCACAUCCUGCCCCCCAACUCAAUCUGCCCCGUUGUCCUGGAAAGACAGUCAACGCUGAGGAAAGACUCGCGGUCGAGCCAGUCGAGCCGGGGGAAGAUGCAGAGAGCCAACUCGGUCACAGUGGACGGCCAAGGACUGCAGAUCACAACAAUAGAGGGCACUCAUCCUCUGCUAGUGUUUGUCAAUCCGAAGAGCGGGGGGAAGCAGGGAGAGAGGAUCUACAGAAAGUUCCAGUAUCUUCUGAACCCGAGACAAGUGUACAACCUGGCCAAGAACGGACCCAUGCCGGGGCUGAACUUCUUCAGAGACGUUCCCGACUUCAGAGUGCUGGCCUGCGGAGGGGACGGCACGGUGGGCUGGAUCCUGGACUUCAUAGAUAAGGCCAACCUGGACAGGAACCCCCCCGUGUGUAUACUUCCUCUUGGCACUGGCAACGACCUGGCAAGAUGUCUGCGAUGGGGAGGAGGCUACGAGGGCGAGAGCCUCCUGAAGAUCUUGCGGGACAUCGAGAACAGUUCGGAGGUGAUGCUGGACCGCUGGAAGAUCGACGUCACGCCCACAGACAAGGAGGAGCGAGGGGACCCGGUGCCUUACAGUAUCGUCAACAACUACUUCUCCAUCGGAGUGGACGCCUCCAUUGCACAUCGUUUCCAUGUUAUGAGAGAGAAGCAUCCUGAGAAGUUCAACAGCAGAACAAAGAAUAAGCUGUGGUACUUUGAGUUUGGCACUUCGGAGACCUUUUCGGCCACAUGUAAGAAGCUCCAUGACUUUCUGGAGGUUGAGUGUGAUGGUGUGACUCUGGACCUUAGCAGCAUCUCCUUAGAAGGCAUCGCCAUUCUCAACAUUCCCAGCAUGCACGGCGGCUCCAACCUUUGGGGCGAGAGCAAGAAGAGGAGAGGUAACCGCAAGGGGGGGAAAAAGAGCCAAGACAAGAGGACCCCAGUGCUGGACCCCAAGGAGCUCACGUUUGCAGUUCAAGAUCUGUCCGACCAGCUGUUGGAGGUGGUGGGGCUGGAAGGAGCCAUGGAGAUGGGUCAGAUCUACACCGGCCUGAAGAGCGCUGGGAGACGCCUGGCACAGUGCUCCUCAGUCACCAUCAGAACCAGUAAAUCCCUUCCCAUGCAGAUUGAUGGGGAGCCUUGGAUGCAGACUCCCUGCACCAUCGAGAUCGUCCAUAAGAACCAGGCCCCCAUGCUGAUGGGACCGCCACAAUGCCGAAGCUUCUUCUCCUCCGUCAUCAGACGAACACGCACCGAGAGCAAAGACUGAUCGGUUCAAGGCCUUUUGUGUUCUCACAAGCACCUGCAGAGCAGCGGCCACAAGUUGAUCAUCACUCAGCCCGUUAGCGAAGCGGGGUAUUUGAUGCCUGUUUGACAGCCCAGCCUAAAGUAGCAAACUGUAGGUUCAGUAUGUAUUGCCGGCAGCGUGGAGACGUCACUGAGAAGCCCUUAUUUAGUGCAGGAAGAGGUGAGUUUAGGACUGACGCUCUGAUCUACAGUAGGUAGAGUAGUUUAGCUCCAAAAAUACUGAAGCUAUUUUGGGAAGUCCAACUUUCUAAAAGUCUGUUUUUAUUUUUGCUGUUGUGAUCUGUGCCAUGUGGAAAAAACCCACAGAUGAAUGUGUUUUGUGUGAUAUGAUGUAUUUAUUUAUUUAUUCAUAUUUUGCUGCUAUUGAUGUUUUUUAACAGUUUUUUUUGCAUUUGCAUACCCCUGAUGCAUGAUGGACAGUGAAGGAGGUUGAUGCUGUCGAAGCUGACAUAUCUGGAGCUUGCGGCUGAUCUUAGCCAAGUGUUUAGUAAGAAGUGAAGUUUCUUUGCUCAGCAUUUCUUCGGCGCUUCGCUCAUGAAUGGCUUCAAGUCCUGAAAGGACAGAGAAUCACUUUUGCUUUCUUUUAAUGGUUCCUGCAAGUCAUCCUUGUCAUGUUUUGAUCUGCUGUGUUGCUGCUCCGUCAGUGGAAAGAUUAGGAAUGAUUAUUGAUCUUCAUAAAAAAUGCAUGACACUCUUUGUUUUACGUCGCACGAGAGAUUUCCAGACAGUUUUACCAAUUGUGUGCACAUUUUCUGUUGCAUGAGUGACCGAGAUCUGUUUUGACACUUGUGGAAAUUGAUCGUUUUUUUGAAUCUACGUCUACAGUGCUGCUCGGUUUUAACCAUAUCAUCCUUUAUAAGAUGGCUGCAUUUUUAUGAGAUCCUGUUUUUUUUUCUUAACAGGUACUCAGGUACUUUUAAAUAAAAAAGCUUAACAGUGGAAAGUGUUCAAUCAGACUGUAUGUUGGUACAGUAACUGUAUAGUUGGAUAUUCACGAAAAAAGCAGUUUGACCUCCUCUGGUCAUUGAUUUUCUCUGAUGUCUGUUGUUGAGUGUUUGAAGUCCGCUGUGCAUAAAAGCGUACACUGACCAAUUAAUGUCUAAAUACAAAAUGACUAUUGACAUAUAUAUUGUACAAGCUUGAUUUGAAACUGAAAAUCAAUCCCAUCCAAUAAUUUCAGUUUUCAGAGGCAUUUUACAGCCACUGAUGUGUGCACAGGCCAUGUGUAAAAUAAAAUAAUAAUGCACCUUUUGACAAAUUUUCAUUUAUUUAAAGCUGCUCAUUUCGUAAAAGAAGUCUCGUUAUACACAUGCAUUAGUCUGGAUGGUAAUGAUUCAGUACAUUUCUGCAUUUAAAUAGCAUUUAUGUCAUUGAGUCUCACCAAAGACACAUACUGGGGGAUAUGUUACAGACACGCCAGUGUGACACACACACACACACACACACACACACACACACCUGAUAAAUGUGUUGUUUUUAACUUAAUUGCACUCCUGCUUGUUUUCUGAGAAUGAUUUUAGGCUCGACUGUUUCAGUCUUUAAAAGUGCCAUAUGCCAGUGGAGACUGAGGCCGGGUGAGUCUCCCAUCUCUUUGCUUUGUACGGUGCUGCGUUUGUACAGUGAGGUUGUAUUUUUGUACACAGUAUUUAUUUAUUUUUUUCCGCUUACUGCUUUCACUCUAGAACUCACACCAUGUUGUUCUGCCUAAAAAACAAAUUCUGCCUGCCAGUGUUGACUGAGAAAAGUGAAAUAAUUAAAAAAAAGCUUUUGUUGUUUGA